CGUCCUCCUCGUCGCACGGAUGCUGGAUUCCAACUCCCAAGCCGAAAGCCGGAGUUUGAGAUCUAAAGGGGUCUGGGGGGCGGCUUCUGGACGGCCGCGAAAUACGGCGCCGUUAUACGUCGGUGUAGACCCCGCGCCGGCCCCAAAUGGCAGAGUUCUUCGCCUGCGAAUCGGCUCUCGCCGUUCACCCCCCGACAGCCGGGCAAGCGGAAGAGCCGGCGCUGACCUGGGACUGUUUCAACAUGAAGCCCCCGCCUAUCAAACACGAGCCGCUCGAUGAGGAGGACCGGAAGCCGUUUGCGUGUUUCAUAUGCGGGAAAUGUUUCCUGUCCAAGCCGGAGCUUCUCAGGCACGAGAUGGACCACACGAGAGAGAGACCCUUCGAGUGCCUGGAGUGCGGCAAGUGCUUCACCCGAAAAGACUGUCUCCGGAUCCACGAGAAGCUCCACCGGAACGAACGGCCCUUCUCGUGUGCCGAGUGCGGGAAAGGCUUCAUCACCAAGUUCGCGCUCAACAACCACAAGAAGAGACACGCGGGCAUCAAGUCGUUCGCCUGCAUGGAGUGCGGGAAGCUCUUCUUCCGGAAGUCGGAGCUCGUGAUUCACGAGCGCUUUCACACGGGAGAGAAGCCCUUCGCCUGCACCGAGUGCGUCAAACGUUUCACCACCAAGUCCAAGCUGAGCCGGCACGAGAAAGUCCACACGGGAGAGAGACCGUACGCCUGCUCCGACUGCACCAAGAAGUUCAUCACCAAACCCGAACUGAUCCGGCACGUGCGGCGCCACACGGGCGAGAAGCCCUUCGAGUGCUCCGAGUGCGGAAAGCGCUUCACCACCAAGUCGGUGCUCACCAUUCACGAGAGGUUUCACACGGGGGAGGGACUGUUUCCGUGCCCCGAGUGCGGGAAAUGCUUCAACACGCGGCAGAACUACGAGAGGCACAACCUGAUCCACACGGGAGAGAGACCGUUCGGGUGCGCUCAGUGCGGGAAGGGCUUUUACACCAAGCAGCAUCUCAAGCAGCACGAGCGCUCGCACACGGGAGAGAAGCCCUUCACGUGUACCGAGUGCAGGAAGUGUUUUGCCACGCAGUUCGGACUCACCAUCCACCUGAGGACGCACACGGGGGCGAGACCGUUCUCGUGCGCGGAAUGCGGGAAGUGCUUCUACACCAAAGGCCACCUCAACAAGCACGAGCAGUGCUACACGGGCGAGAAGGCCUUCGCGUGCUCCGAGUGCGGAAAGUGUUUCACCAUCAAAGUGAACUGCAGCAGCCACGGGCAGCUCUUCCCGUGUUACGAGUGCGGGAACCUGCUUUACUACAAAUGAGACCCUUUCGCUCGCGUGGUGGGGGGAGGGGAGGGCUACCGGCGGCAAACACACUGACAAAUACUAUGCAAAAAAUUCCUGAUCACCGUUACCGGUCAGCCCGUCCGACGCUGGGGAGACAGGGGGGGCCCGUCUACUACCAGAAAGCGUAAUGGUACGUCGCAAGACCUGAAAGCAACUAAGAUGAAUUAGAACAGGGUGACCGAAAGGAGUGCGCUCUCCUGCUGCCGGCGGUAACGCUCUCCCACCGUAUGGCAACCGAUAUCUGCUCGCUAGCGUUAAUAUUGUCUUUUAAUAAAUGGUUCUGUCUAAACAUGUCACUCGAUGCAUGUCUCGUUC